AUGCCCACAACAUUGCUAGCAUGGGCUGAGCUGAACCACUUGUUCACAGUGGAUCAAGCGGCUGCAGCCACGAAAGCUGGAUACAUCAUCAAGCCAAUCCGCAAGGGCCGAAGCGAGGGCAUCAUGUUCGGCGAGGAUCAGACGACUGCCGAUUCGCACGAGCUGAUAUCCACCAUUGCUAGAGGAGGACGCUACAGCAAGCUUCCCGAGUAUGUCGUGCAGCCUUUGAUCCACCAGCUUUUGUCACAACACUUGCAGAUGUUCGGCCAACACUGCCGAGGCCAUGUUGUCGAGAUCUGCCACAUUGCACAUGGCGUUCUCAUAGGGCUAAGAGUGUGGCAUGCAGGUUCUGCGAGAGUCUUCAAGUAUCCAAGUUCACAAAGACUGAGUAAUGGUUCCGGCUGA